AUGAUGCAUCUGGAUACUGAAGCAUUAGACCUUCGUAUCAAAUACAAUAAAAUAUUGUUGACUCUUAUUGAAAAAGCGACUGUUGGCGUUUCAAUGUCAGGAAACGGAGAUGAAUGCACUAUAGAUAUUUCGAUAUGGAAUGCUGAGCAUUCAAAUCUGAAUUCUGAAGUAGACUUAACAAAAUCUUGGAAUCCAGCAUUUUUUGCACCGAAUAAUGACGAUGUGAUGAAUUUGGAUCUACUUCAAGAAGAAAAUGUAGUUCCUGUGAUGCUUUACUCCGCAGUCGUAUUUCAAUGGCCAUCUUUGUAUCAGGGGGUCUUAUUUUCUGCUAAAAAUUUCCAUAAUGGCACUGCUUUUAAUAAAAUUUUCUUAAAUUUUUUUGUAGUAAUUGAGCUCUAUGACAAAAAAUAAAAUUAUGGUGUUAGUGAAUCAUUUACUAAGAUUCAAAAUAUCAAUUUAAGAUCAAAAAGAAGUACAAGACUUUAAAAUUUAUCUUAAACUUAAAUAAAUUUGCAAAAAUUGGUUAAUAAAAAGUAAUUAAUUUGUAAAAGAAAUUUAGAAUGAAAACUAUUUAAAAUUCAACAGAAUUAGCUAGAGAUUUUAUUACAGUAAUUAUUAAUUUAUACAUUAAGGAAAAUUAAAAUUUUUAUACGAAUAUGCAUAGCCUAUAUUUGUGGUUGAAAUUUUUACUUUCACCUAUAUUAUUUGCAGAAUAAAUUUUUUCCACUUUUUGAGAAAACAUCAUCGAAGUUUUUUAUCCUUCUCUAGCCACUGCUUUUAAUAAAUAAAUGCACAAUAAAUAGAAUGAAGAACAAUCUCGGAAUAUUAUCAACAUACGAAUAUUUUGAGUUUCUGACAAAUCAAAAUAUCAAUGAUGAAAUUAAAACACUUAUAAGAACUUUGGCGCUCUAUUUCUAUAUUAGGGUGUUUUGCGGUAGCAUGAGGCUUAACUUUAAUCAAUUUAUGAAAAAAAGUUACAAAUGAGAAAUAUGCAAGAUUAUUCAAAAUAAUGGGGAAUUAGAAGCGUUUUUAAGAUAUCUUUAUAAGACUAAUAUUUGUAAGGUAGUUUUCAAAUCCAUAAUAACUGAAGAAGAUGAAAGUAUUUUUGAAGCCAAGCUUGAGCAGAUCUUUAAUUAUGUAAUAGAGAAUUCAUAUUAUGCUCAUCUUCCAAGAGGCUUGAAUGGACUUACAGCAAAUUGGCCGCAAAAUAUUCGUAGGAAAUCAAUAUGCGGAAAAAGAAGAUGAAGGAGAAGAAGAGAUAGAAGAUAG